AAAAAAAGAGUAAAAUAACCAAACUAUGGGCAUAUUGACAACCUUGGGAGGCAAAUUGAAAGACGAAGCCUCGCAAAUGAAACUCAACGUGGUUCAUUUGUGUGGCUCCGAGAAUGCAAAAACCAUCAACGAAGCUAUCUUGAAAGCCACGUCUCACACUUCACAGAACCCACCCUCCGACAAAUACGUCACUUUCCUCCAAUCCACUGCUGACACGUGUUACGGUCCUGAUACCAUCGCUGCGAUCCUACAGAGGCUUCGUUUGACAACGGACGUGUGUGUGGCUGCUAAAUGUCUCAUUCUUCUCCAUAAGAUGAUCAAAUCGGAAUAUGUGUACAAUGUAGAAGAUAGUGUUCGUGACAGAAAUAACAAAAGUCAUCGUACUUUGAUCUAUAAUCAAGGAGGGAGUAAACUUAAAUUGAAUGACCUUAAUGUAGGUUCAUCUCGUUUUACUAGAGAGUUGUCUCUAUGGGUUUGUUGGUACAAACAAUAUCUAGUUUGUUACUUUUCAAUUGCGGAGGCUUUAGGCGUUACCCCAAACAUAAAGGAUAGGUCGGAAGAUAAGCGUCUAGAAACUCGACGAGUCUCGUCUUACACAACCGACUGCAUUUUUAAACAAGUUGAUUUUUUAGUGGAUCUAUUCGAACAUAUAAGUAACAGGCCAAUAGCUCCGAAAUCGAAACUCAACAAAAUCGUCGUCGAAAUGAUAGAACUAAUGGUACAAGACUACUUCUCCGUCAUAAGAUUGAUGAAGAUAAGGUUUGAAGAAUUGAAUGAGAGAGUUGCUAAACCGAACGAGUUGGUUCCGGUUUUGGAGAGGCUCGAAAUGUGCAAAGAAGGUUUGAGGGAGUUUUCUUGGCGAAGCAAGUAUUUGGUUGAAGACUUUUGGUGUUUGGUAUCGAAAUUAAAAGAUAUGCAACGCCUAUAAAAAAAAAGAAACAGUCCGGUCCUGUUGGUUAGUAAAAAAUAUUAUACACUACUUAUUAUCAUAUAGCUUAGUCCAUAAAUCGGUUAUUCG